AUGUGUUUUCUUUGUGACCCUGCAGGACCUAGCCUGACAAAUUGCUAUUCUAAUCCAACUGAACUUGAAGGAGAAAGAGAAGCAGAAGGGGAGAGAGAAUUUGGAGGAGGAGGGGAAGAAGAAGAAGAAGAAGAAGAAGAAGAAGAAGAAGAAGAAGAAGAAGAAGAAGAUCUGAAUGGGCAAGCUAGUAAUCCAAAAGGUCAAGUAAGGUGACCAGAUGCAACUCACAGCUCUAACAAUUUCUUGGUCUCACAUGUGGUAUAGUAAGUAACCACAGUGGCACAGGAGCAGUGCUGGACAUGCAACUUCCAAGCUGAGGGAAACAGCAAGAUAAAUACUUUCCUGAAAAAACGACACACUGCAUAUAAGUAGGAUAAAUAAUUCAAAAGCAAAGGGUGAGGAUGCUAAAUAAUCAGGAAGCUUCCUUCAACAGUGAAAGCUACUAGAGUGUGGCAUAUUUUUCCCAACAGGAAUCAAAAAUGUUCCAUUAUCUUCAGCGUUAGAACGCUACCCCGGACAAGACAAUAUGCUUUAGGAGACAGUUUUAGUAAGGGGACGGAGGAAGAACAGGGUCUAAAAAGGAAGAUCUGGAACACCCUGGGAACAGCAAGGAACUAUAAAGAGUGAGAGAGAACCAAAAAUAAGGCUAUAUAUUUGCAAGUUUAAGCACAUGAUGGAGCAGGCAAUAUGGUUAGGAGAGUAGACAAGGAUUAGGUAUGUGGUGUUUUGACAUAUGUUUAUGAACUCCAGUGGAAGGUUAAAAUUGAAAGUCACAGAAAUUAUGUUCUCUUAUCAGCAGGCAGAGGAAGGCUACAUCUGCACUAUGGAUUUAAAGUAAUAUCAUACCAUUCUAAACAGUCAUGGCUUCUCCCAGGGAUUCCUGGGUAAGUAGUUUGUUAAGAAUACUGAAUGUUCUUAGGAGACCACUACAGUCAUACCUCGUGUUGCAUUCCACUCUUGUUAUGGACUUUCAGCUUACGAAAGUGGCAAACCCGGAAAUGUUUACUUCCGGGUUCGCCGCCCACGCAUGCGCAGAAGCACUCGAUUGCACUGCAUACAUGCGCAGAAGAGUUGCAGACUUUUCAGGGUGCGAACGGCACCCCGAAACGGAUUAAGUCCGCAACUAGAGGUACCACUGUAUUCCCCUACAUUUCCACGAUUUCCCUGGGGGUAAUUGUUGCUCUGUGAGGGGACUAGUGUUCUCCCAGCAACUCUCAGAACCCUUAACAAACCACAGUCCUUGGGAAAAGCCAUGAUUAUUUAAAGUGGUCUGAUCCUGCUUUAAAUCUAUAGGGCGGGUGGGGCCGAAGUGAAGGCAACAACACUGUGAGGCGGGGCAACUGUAUAUUUCUUUUGCUAAGUGUUAUAUCUUCUUCUUUUUUCAGCAAAAUAUACAGUACAUGUGAGGUCUGCAAGAAAACAUCUGUCCUUUCCUCCUGUCCUUCCAAGCCAGCCAGCCAACCAGCCAUGGCUUACCUUCCUAGAAUGCCCACAGAUGAUGCUAUUGUUGCACGCCAACCCAAUCUCUGAGCAGUGCGACAUGCCAGGGGUUCUAGGCGCUUGCCCUUGGAUUCAGUUUCCUCAGAAUGAGGGACAGCGGAGACUGAGGUCCGUUCUUAACCUGAAACAAUUCUUAACUAGAGGCAUGCUUUCGCUAAUGGGGCCUCUUGCUAUCGCUGCACCGCCGGCAGACGAUUUCCGUUCUCAUCCUAGGGCAAAGUUCUAACUCAAGGUAACUCUUCCAGGUUAGCAGAGUUUGUAACCUGAGGCGUUUGUAACUCGAGGUACCACUGUAUAUGGUGUAUUUACACAGAUAUACAACCUGAGCCUACGAUGGAGAGGCUCAUAGCAUAAACAUCCCAAGAGGGUCUUGCUUCUCCUACAGCCACAGCCUUGGAUUUAAACAGAAAUCAGGCAUGGCUCUGUCUCCCAACUAUCUAGCCUGAAGCUUCUCACUCCCAGCUUGCACACAUGAAAUUGGAAUGUGAAGCUGCGGGGUUCCUCGCACUUCUGUGGAUGGUUUUAGGGCCUUUUCUUCUUCUUGGGGUUAAAAUAAGGAAUUAAAAAUCCUCCGUCACCUCAGAUGAAAAUAUCAGUUCAGCACUACAACCAGCCUUAGAACUGGAAGUACAAGACUCUCAUCCAACAUACGUUCUCUCGCUUUGUGGUUUUGUGAACUACAGCUCUACAAAUGAGAGCCCUUUAUAUGAUUGAGCCAUGUCCGCUUGCGCCUGUCUUAAUAUCUCCACAAACUCUCAUUCUCUAGGAGGUUUACUUUGAGGGCAUUAGUUCCAGAUGCUGGACUUGCAUAGGCAGAUCUGACAUUUCAAUUAGCAGCCAACUGCAAAUAUCAUUUAUUUUCAGGGCAUUUCUCUAUUCUCUAAGAAUAAUUCCCUUUAGGAAAUAUUUAGAAUGUAUGUUGAAGGUCUUCUCACCAUCACCCUAAAUAAUAAAAAUAAAUAAAAAUAAAGGUAAAUUUAUCUUCAGUGGCACAGGCAUUUCACUAGGUAUCUGCUUCUAAUUCAUAUGCUCUGCUUGAUAACAUUCAUUUCAAGUGCUUGGCAAACUGCAUGUCUGCCUUUUAAGAGGAAACGUUGAAGUCAAAAGACAGAGGGGUUCCACUUCAUUAUGAUAUUGUAAAUCAGCCACAACCAAGUAGUUAAACUAAUAAAUACAUUUGAAAACCCAAGCAGCUGGGGGUUAUUCUUUCUGAAUGUAGCCGAAAUGUCGCACUCUAAACAGCUCCCCCCCCCCCCCCCGGAAUUUCUGUUGUUUUCUAACAAUGGACACUUGAAAAAAGAAAGGGUUUCUUGACCUGUCAUGGCUCUUUGCCCCCUAGUGCCCAAAUCUGAAGGGGCUGGCAGAUAAUUCUUCACUGUAACUAACAAGGAGUGGUAUUCAAGAAAGUUUUAAAGUAGACCGCUGAAUUAAUUUCAGUGGGUCUACUCUGAUUAAAACCUAGUUGAAUACCACCUAAAACUUGACCAAAACCCUUCUUUCUUUUCUACAGAAAAGAAGAAGAAGAGGAGGAGGAGGAGGAAUUUGGAUUUGAUAUCCCGCUUUAUGACUACCCGAAGGAGUCUCAAAGCGGAUAACAUUCUCCUUUCCCUUCCUCCCCCACAACCAACAUUCUGUGAGGUGAGUGAGGCUGAGAGACUUCAGAGAAGUGUGACUAGCCCAAGGUCACCCAGCAGCUGCAUGUGGAGGAGCGGAGAUGCAAACCCGGUUCACCAGAUUACGAGUCUACCGCUCUUAACCACUACACCACACUGGCUUCUAAAUAUAGGUAAUUAGAAACAGUAAUGCAGAGGUAGUCAACAUGAAGCCCUCUCAUGUUGUGAACUACAAUGCUGGCUAGGGUUGAUGGGAAUUGUAAUCCAAACAUCUGAAGGGCACCAUAUUGACUACCCCUGUAGUAAUGGAUGACAGGAGUUGAGCAAGGGCCCUAAAUCUUCUGGGCCCAGCUCAGUCACUAAGAUAACAUACAACAACCUUCAUCAGCACCUCCAGAUCUUGUGCAGCUGCAACUCUCUUCAUCCCUGACCAUUGGCCAUGCUGGUCAGGGCUGAGGAUAGUUGGGAGUCCAACAACAUUUUGAAGGCCGCUUGCAGCUUUUGCAUAUUUUCCUAAACGGAAGAGCUUUGUACGUAGGCAAUGUUUAAUGUCUGAUGAGACCCUCAUUCGUAAUUUAACUCUGGGCAGCUACAUAUUUGUUCUUGCUAAAGAACAGCAAAUGUAGGAACUACUAAAUUAAACUGAAGUAAGCCAUCCUGUCAGCUUUCACCUCAGUCUUUUCACCUCCUCAGUCUGGAAACUGAACAAGCAUAAUUGAGCAAGUCCUUUGCCUCAGUCCUACUUUCUAGUUUUAAUAUUAUCUUCCACCUCUCCUCUCCCCCUGCCCCCAUUCAAUUGACCAUCAGAGAAGCUGACAGAGGGUGCCUUAAUGAGCCACAAUUUUUGCUCAGAUCAUUAGCUGCCCCAGAAAGAAAGUUAAUGAACCCUGUGUAUAUAUAAAGACAAAAUCAGAUUUUUCUUUAAUAGCCUCCAUACCGAGAGCAUCAUUUUAGAUUAGUUUAAUCCCUGGAUGAUUCACUCUUGAGUCCCAUCAUUUUUUAUUUUUUAUUUUUGUAGUCAGUGGUGGAGAACAUCUGUUCAUUAAGUGUACACAGUCAAUGUUCGGAGACGGUGUGGAGGGAUUGAUGGCGAAAGCCUGGAGAAAGAACAUAAGCCAUCUAUUUCAAAAAAGACUUUUGGAGAAAGGGAGUUGUCUUUCGAUUUCUUUUUUUACAGGAAUGAGAAAGGGAUUCCUCCUGCUGAACACUUUGUGCCCCUGAAACAAGUUGAAGAACGAGAACUGAAUUAUAGCAGUAGCUUGCUGCAAGAACGGUACCUUUGCCUAUGUUUCUUCAUUCAUCAGGAGCUGUGUUUAAAUAGAACAGUGGAGAAAUGA